AUGGCUGUGAACCCAUACAAGUGGAAGCCUUUGCCGAGAAAUGAGGGCAACUCAUUCUGGAUCAGGGUUCUGGAGCUCGAAGCUGGUGACCGAACUGAUGUUUUGAUGUGCUCUCUGAAAUUCGUGUGUCUUACAGAAGACGAUGACACCAAUCACAACGAAGACGAUGAUACUAAUCAGUACGAGGCAGUCUCUUACUGCUGGGGAGAGCUCCAUCCCAGAAUGAGAGUCUACAUUGACAACGGUUACGUUAUGGCCGGCCGCAACAUUGGCUUCGCACUGGUAUAUUUGCGACGAACAGAUCGCACUCGUCGACUCUGGAUAGACGCAUUGUGCAUUGACCAGCUAGAUCUGGACGAGAAGGCGAGUCAAAUAGGCCAAAUGAGCCGUAUCUUCGGCACCGCCAGACAACAAAUCGCUUCCAAAUGGGAAACGAUCGAGGAGCUCAAAAAAACCAAAGGAAUAUACUGGCGAUAUGCAUUGAGCCUGGAUUUACCGGAUUUUCAGAAGAUCCUCCAAUUCUUCUGCAACCAGUACUUUGAACGAAUUUGGGUUGUCCAGGAGGUCGCAAAGGCAAGAUUUGCCAUCUUACAGUGCGGACAGGAUACGAUGCCCUGGGAUGAUUUGGCAAUGGCAUUUCAUGUGCUAGCAAAGGUGUAUUUGCCCUCUGGAUUUCCCAUUCACCCAAAUGUCGCAACGACACGCCUUCUCACCCAGCUGGCAUAUCUCGGUGGAAUUCAGGGGAAGCUUUCAUUCCUGCUGCGCGAGUUCAGUGUCAGGAUAGCAGAAAACCCGCUCGACAAGAUUUUCGCGCUCAUCGGGAUGCUGUCACCUGAAGACCGAGCUCGUAUGCCUGAAAUAGCCCCUAAUUACCACGUCGAAGUGCGAAAUCUAUACAUGGAUGCUGCCUACUACUGCAUCCUGCAAGACUGCAAUCUUGAUAUUCUCUCGACGUGUCAAGCACAGAACCAUAGGAUUGCAAAUCUUCCCUCGUGGACGCCAGACUGGAGCUUCAAUUACAGAGAUCCAUCACCAACAGAGACGAUCCCGAUGGUCAACAUCUUGCGGCGCUUUUGUCACUUUCGUGCCUCGGACGAGGCUCCUUGUAAUGCCAUUCGAGUCGGGUCAUCGCUGGCGUUAACUGGAUAUGUGAUCGAUGAGCUUGAAUUUCUCGCAGAACCACUCACAAUUGCCCAACAGCGUAAGUUCAAUCAUGCAAACACUACAAUGCAGGUUUACAAUGAGCACUAUGAGUACAGGGUUAUGUGGCUGUGUUUACUGGAGCGAGCGGUCCAGGCACGUCUCGAGGCUGGGUGGAGGAGACUGUUCGACAAGCAUAAAAGGCCAUCAUGGCUGUCCGCCAGUGUCCCUGAAGAAGCCUACUGGCUUACUAUCACCGCCUUGGACUCCCGGCGCCUUUGGGAAACCCAACGUAUUCGACUAGACGAAGACCACGUCAAAAGAGCGUAUGCCGUGCAUAAAAUGUUGACUACGCCCACCAGGCUGUUCGUAUGUCUGCAUAUGGGCCUAACCAUUGUGGCACUAUGGGAGUAUUUGCUUACAGCCAUGAUGACCAUCCUACGGAAUAUUGGAUGGACAAAGCUGAGCUCUCGAGAUCUGCCGCUCCACACUCACGGUCGGCGUAUGGGUUGGACCAAGAAACGUCGGUUUGCAAAUUUGCCGGAAGAUGCUUGCCUUGGUGAUGUGGUUGCACUCGUUGCGGGAGCAAAAGUCCCGCUCAUCCUCCGGCCACGCGGAUCAGAUAUGUUCGAGAUAGUGGGCGAUGCCUAUGUGUAUGGCAUCAUGUUUGGAGAAGCCUGGGACACAGAUCGAUGCCAAAGAUUGGUUCUAGUAUGA